AUGGUAUCAACUAAAAGUGAUGAAAAUUACCCUGAGCUCUGCGGUGAAAAACAAAAAGGUCGAGAGAAGAAAAAUAAGCCCAAUCAUCACUUUGUAAAAGCUUUCCAUUGGUACAAGCGAGAACUUUGCGCUAAUAAAAUAACAGCGGUUGAAACAUUCGAUAUUGGGUUCGCAACAUGGCUAGAUCAUAAAUAUCAACAGUAUCUUCGGGACAAGUCCAGGGAUGCCAGCUUUAAAUCUGAAGCCAGCAACGUUCAAACCCCGAGGGUUAACCAGGAUGUGGGGUUGUAUAAAUCAGCCAAACCAAAGGGAUUAAGAAGAAUACUAAAAAGCCCUUGGAGAAAACGGCAUGCCGCUUGUAAAACUCCCGAGGGAGGAAUCUGCUGCACAGAAUGUAAGGAAAGUUGGCAGACUAUAUUGAGACCUAAAUCGCUGAGUCGCUUCGAGUCAGAUAAUUGCGCUCAGAAAAUUUCAAACGGAGCUUCUUCUAAAAUCACCGUGACUUCCUCCGAUACUCAAGUUGUUAUUAGAUCAAAUAAAAGAGAUCUAAUCAUUCAAGAGACUACAGCACGAUGUGACGACAUUUCUUAUUUGGACAAAACCAUCAGUGAUAAAGAAACUCCUAAUAUUGACGAAUUAUACUCGAAAAACAAAUUCGGAAAGAAAAAACGCAAAAAAUCAAAAAUAAUUAAAUGUGAGUGUCCGGUAGAAGAAAAGGAAAUAGCAUCAAACUACAAAACGGACACGGUUACGCAAUAUGGUCCUGAUAUAAAUACUGAGGAAAAACCUCUCAAAAACACUACUGGAACUAAUGUUACCAGUAAAUCAGAUGUUUUAAAUAAAUCAACUGAAUUGGUGAGUAGGUUUAUGUGCAUUUUCUUUAUCAAUCAUCAAUUUAUUACCUACAACUAA